AUGUCUGAGAUAGUGAGGGAAAAGGCCGCAUGCGAGGAUACGGUCAUUGUAUGGAGCUCCAGUGAGAGUGAGUCCUCUGACAUUGAGGCACAGCGGCCUGAACCCAGCACCGCUGCAGUGGGUCGCCGUGCAACUGAACCAGGGACCUCCACGCAGUUUCACAGUGGGGCUCACAAGGAAGCUGAGAAAUCCUACCAUAGAUAUCUGGGCCUCAUUCGCUCUCUUACUACCCCUAAAGAAGAUGAAUUGCAUGAAAUCGACUGGGACAGUGACCUGAGCAAUGAUGCUGAAGAGGUGGAGGUGGAGAGCUUGGCUGAAAUCUCUGACUCUGAUUCAUGUCCAAAGGAACCAAAUGAAUCUCCAAAACCCCCUUUGGUGACGGACGCAGAGAUCUCGGACUACUCUGACGAUGAGAGCGUUGAGCCUGCGGGCCAGGCCAGAUGUGAGCAUGUUCCCUGGCAACCUAGUGGGAACAGCGUGAGGUCAGCCAGCGAUUGGAUCAGGUCUGCACAGGCAGUGCUGCGGACGCCUCAGAAACAGGACAACAGACAGUUCAAGACCCCAGAGGACUCGGCCAAGAAGAAAAAGAAAUUCCUAAGUGGGGGCCUGGCAGAAAGACUCUCUCGUCUGCAGUGCAGACAGAGGUCCGCCAUCAGCUUCUGGAGGCACCAGUCCCUUUCUGAUGACAAAACUCCUGCAGCAGGUAAAGCGGGCGUGCUGGUGCUGAAGCUGCUGUCGGUGUGGGGGGAGUGCAGCAUGCAGGCCGCCCUGUGUGAGAGGUCAGAGCCUCCCCCUGCGGAGGGCAGCCAGCUGGGCGCCGCCCCUUCCCCCGCCCCCGUCCCCGUUCCCUCCACCUCCGUCACCGAGCAGCUCCUGGUGCUGUUCAGCAGAGACACAGCAACCCACCUAGCGCCCAGUCCUGGAGACAUCAUCCACGUGCACCCCCCAUGGCAGAAGCUGGUGGUUGAGGGAGAAAGCCGGCCAGUCAUUCUCAACACACACUUCAGCCAGAGGAUCCUUCUGUCGGAGAACACAGAGAGCCGGGCCAAUGCAACAGGGCAAGCCUCAGCAGAUAAAUGUGUUCCGUACCCCUUGACCCGGGUCUUCGAUCUGUCGGGAAAGAGUGACCCCAUCUCUGAGAAAGAGCUCCCCAUCAGACAGGUGGAACGGCAGGGUUUCGGUGAAGGCGUCUGCGACUCCCUGCUGGAGGUGAUCGAGGGCCAGGGCCUCGCGGGCGGGAUGGGGCGUGACGUUUCCGUGGUGGUGCAGAGGGUCUACUGCCUCCGGGUCCAGCAGCCCUCCCACCAGCACCUGCUCAAACACAGAGCCCCUCAGGGUGAUCCAGUCCAGCAGCACAGAAGCAGGCUUUGUUUCCUUGUCCAGGAUUAUUAUGGGAUGUUCAGCGAGGUCAUGCUCCACACCCUCUCAUCCGAGGAGGACAGCCUACAGGAGCACAUCAGGAAGUGGGAAGGACGGUCCUGUGUCCUCAGGGGCAUGAAGGUGGUGCAGAGGGUGACUCGGGGCAGGUCUGCCAGCCUCUUCAGUUUGAUUGACAGCCUGUGGCCUCCCAUGGUGCCCCUCCGAGUGCAUGGAAAGAGCCAGAGCAGCCAGGAUGACAAAUCCAGGCUUCCAGCCCCGAGUUUCUGUUACCUGCUGGCAGGUCAAAGAGGCCAGGACUCAGUGGAUGAACUCCUGGGGAGUUCUUCCCCUGGUCUGUACCUGCCUGUGGUGGUGCAUACACUGAGAGAAAUACUGCAGCGUGUUCCCCACAGCCAUCGUUGUAGCUUCACGGCCACAGUCAUAUACAAGAGACUGCAGAGUGCCGGCCCCUGGCUGUUUGUGACGGACCCCAGCCUGCAGGGGGGAGAGCCAGAGGGGGAGGAGGGCGGUUGGUGCAGGACGGUCCCGGUGUGCGUGAGUGCCCCCUGUGUCCUCAGUCCGGCCGUGCUCCAGGCACUGAGCGGCGCCUCCGCCUGCAGCCUCACCAUCAGAGAUGCAGUGAAGGAGCAUGGUGCGAUCCGGGUCGAGGAGCGCUCGGUGGUUCAGCUGGAGCCCCUGUUGCUUGUAGCCAGCCCAGACAACCCUACCAACGAGGGGCCACUGUCCCAGCCUGCAAGACUGGAUCAGCUGGGUCCAACAACUCAGGCCAACUCCCUGUGCCUGCUGAAAGGUGUGGUUGUUGGUGUGGAUGAAGACACAGCGUAUUCCUGGCCAGUCUGUAACUUGUGUGAGAGCGACAGGCUAGAGGCAUCCCAUGGAGAAAGGCAAACAUUCUUCUGCAGUCUCUGUAACACCGUGGUGACCAAGCCCACCAUCAAAAUGCAACUUGACGUCUUUUUAAGCUGCCCGUCAUUCAGCCACUGCACUGUGAAAAUAAAGAGCACACAGUUCUCUUCUUCUUUGAUUCAUCGCCACCAAUGCCGAUGUGAGAAUGUGGAGUUCCAGGACGGCAUGCACAUUCCUGUGAUUGUUUUAACUGGCCUGCUGGUGUGGUUCCAGGGUUACGAGGUGGAGAAUGUGCUGGGGAAAGAGGUGGGCCCCCUCGCCGCUUAUGUUCGUGUUGUAACAAGGAAGCCGGCACUCUGGAUUGGCCUGGAAGAAAUCAGCCUCUGAGCGAAGGCUAUUCAAAUGAGGCUCUACCAGGAAUCCGCCCCCGCCC